GCGUGGCCGCGACUCGUCCCUCCCCCUCCUCGACCCCCUCGUGUCGUCGCAACCCUAGCCGCCAGCGACGGCCACAUUCCCCGCCGCCUCCACACGCCCAGCCAUGACUCGCCCUCCCAUCGUGAACAUCGUCGUCUGCCGAUAGUCGCCGUCGUCCACCGCUGACCAUCUCCUCUGCCGUGACGGGCCCUGGUCCUCCCCCUCCUCGACCCCCUCGUGUCCUCGCAACCCUAGCCGCCCGCGACGGCCACACUCCCCGCCGCCUCCACACGCCCAGCCAUGACUCGCCCUCCCAUCGUGAACAUCGUCGUCUGCCGAUAGUCGCCGUCGUCCACCGCCGACCAUUUCCUCUGCCGCGUCUCCCCGUCCUCUGCCGUGACGGGCCCUGGUCCGCCGCCGUCGACGAGCACCACGUCCGACGUGCUCGUGACCUCGUUCCCCGACUUCCCGAGAACUUUGUCCAUUUACCAAAGAUCAUGGCAAAGCAAAAGAAGAAGCCUGCUCCCAAGGAUCCUGCACAGUUUCAGAAGCAGCUGAAAAUGAAGCUAUCUAAUGAAUGCAGAAAAUAUGAAAUUUAUCUGAACCGUCAGGAUAUGGAUGAUCUCAAGAAAAUAGCAGAUAAACUGGACGAGGGAUAUUUCUGUUCGGAAGCAGAUAAAACAGUGGAAUUGGAAUUCUAUUCACAAGUUGAGCAGGAUAUUCGGAAGACCAUGAGGAAAGUUUAUGCACGUUCAUCGAAUUGGUCUAAGACUGAAAAGUUAGUUAAGGAGCUUGAUGCUACACUGAAAAUACUUACCGGGGAUGAGCAGAAGAGCCUUUAUGUAGCUGACACGAAGAAACAGCAACAAUUUGUACUUGCACGUAGCUGGCUGGAGAGCAUGCAGCAGAAGCAAAGCAGUUGUAAAAGAUGUGAAGAUCCUGAGCCAGAAUGUGAUGAAGAAACGCAGUAUUGGAUUAAUACUCUCAAUACUGGAAUUAUCCUUGACAAAACAUUAGUAGAACUUGAAGUUGAGAGGUCUACGUUGGAUUUAUUUAAAGAUACAGACAUUGAGCAAGUUUUCUUCAAUCCUCGUACAGCUUCUUUAGCUAAUCUCAUAAAUUAUAUGAGGGAUCGCUUGUGUGAAAAUUCUCAACAUCAAAUAUUUGCAUCAGGAGAAGAUUCAUGCCAUCUACUUCCUUUUAAGACAGCCCCUCAUCAACCACCAAAGUGGAUGUUGGUUGAACUGAGAGAUCAAAGUGCAAAAUGUGGUGUCUACAUGAGAGGCGAUAAUCUGUAUAUCACUGCUUUUCGCAACCAAAAGAAUAUGAUAUAUGAGCUCGUAGAGUCUGAUAAUUUGCGAAUAAUUGAAGGUUCCUUUGUAUUUGGUUGCAAUGCUGAUUACCCUGCACUUGUAAAAUAUGAUAGAGAAGUUGAGGAUCUUCCAAAAGAAGAAGCUGAUAGGCGAUUACUGGAAAUUAUCUUCAAUCUGGAGGAAAAUGCAGCUGAUGUUCAUCUGUUGGCUAAUUAUGACCACACACAAAAGAUGGAUGAUGCUGAGCGACGUCAAGCCAUUGAAAAUGUGCAGAAGGCGCUAAUUCGGAAAAUGGUGGUUUUAUCUGAGGUCUCACGUUUUGUGAACCUUUUUAUAGCUGUGAAUGCAGAUUGGAAUAACAGCAUUGCAUCUCUGACAAAAUUGCUGUUAACAUUUAUGAGGCGAUGGGGUCCAAUGUCGAAGAAAGUCCGUAACAGUAACAGCUCUGAUGUGCUUCCUAAAAGCUUGCAGGAUAAUCUUGGCUUGAAAUUUGUGUCUGACCUAAUCAAGGUUAUGCAUCUUGUGCUUAAUACAAAGCAUCCUGAACUUAAUAAAAUAGGACGCAGUACACCUGCUGAACCUUCUGGUGGCAUCCCUGAAGCGUCUGGAUCAUCUUAUGGUGAUUGCAAAGAAGCUAAGAGCAAAGCUCGACCAUCUAAUGGCAACCCUGAUCCAUCUGGAUCUUCUGAUAGCAGCCUUGGGCAAUCUUGUGGCAGCCAUGCACCAUCCAGGCCAUCUGAUUGCGGCCUUGGACAAUCUUGGCUAUCUGACAGCAGCCCCGGACCAUCCGAUGGCAGUCCUGGACAACCUAGACUGUCUGAUGGCAGCCAUGCAGAUGGUAGCCCUGAACAAACUGGAGCAUCUGGCAUCUGCCCUGUACAAUCUGGUCUGUAUGUCUUCGCUGAUCCAUCUGGUCUGUAUGUCUUCCCUGAUCCAUCUGGAUCUUCUGAUAGCAGCCUUGGGCAAUUUGGUGGCAGCCAUGCAUCAUCCAGGCCAUCUGGUUGCAGCCUUCGACAAUCUUGGCUAUCUGACGUCAGCCCCGGACCAUCUGAUGGCAGUCCUGGACAACCUAGACCGUCUGAUGGCAGCCAUGCAGAUGGUAGCCCUGAACAAACUGGAGCAUCUGGCAUCUGCCCUGUACAAUCUGGUCUGUAUGUCUUCCCUGAACAAUCUGGGCUAUCUGCCGUCAGCUAUAUAUCAAGUGUGAUUAGCAGCGCAAUUGAAUCUCUCAGGAUGGCGAUCCUAUUUGCACGAUCUGGCAGCAUCCAUCCUUUGAGUCAUCAUCCACUUGGACCUGUGCGCAUACAUGCUCCUUUGGUUCCUCUACUUAGACCAUCUGAUGGUAGCCCUGAACAAACUGGAAAAUCUGGCAUCUGCCCUGUACAAUCUGGUCAUCCUUUGAGUCAUCAUCUACUUGGACCUGUGCGCGUACAUUCUCCUUUCGGUUCCUCCACUUAGACCUUGCAGAUAUGGUCCUUUGCGUCCUCCACUUGGACCUGGGCGCAUGUAUGUACAUGGGCCUCACUUGUGUGCUGGUUUAUGUGAAAUCCCAGAACUUCUCAGAGAGAGUGCAAGUGGCAGGGUGAUUGAUCGGUGUAGGCUUUUGAUCAGCAGCAACCCUAUUCCCCUAGAAUCAGUUGGGGCGUCUGUAUCAACUUUGAGCGGCCAGCCACUCCUGGAAAUAUUGGCGCUCCACACCAAUUUAUGCAAGAUCAAUAGCAUUGGAAUUUAUGAUGAUCGAGGUGGUGUUUAUAUCUACAAAUACAAGAACGGGGAGAAGGAACGGUUUAUUGACAAAAGGGAUCUUUGGCUGUCUAAGCAUACAGAGGGAGGACCUUAUGAUCUCGUGUACAAACUUGUUCCCAUUGGCCCGAGCCGUGCCAUGACGGCUAAUGCAGAGUGCUGGCUACUUGAGGCUGAUGUGCCGAUAGAGUCUUCUUUGCUGCCUAAAACCUGUGCAACAAAGGAAAUGGCAGGUGGAGUGUUCAAAAUGAUAUUAGAUCAUAACGAGGAAACAGUUGAUGAAGCUAAGACCGGUAUCAUCUUAGCCAGGGGAGGAUUUAUACAUAUUAGCUACGUGGUAUUCAGAAAUGCAGUGAGAGCUUCAGUCAGAUUCCUAGUGCAUGAUUAUCACUUGUUUCGUCCUUAUUAUGUGAAUGGCGAGCUGGCUUUACAUGUGGGAGACCUUCCUAUUGGGUUAACUAUUUUCUCAAGUCAAAUUGAGGAUGGUAACUGUUUCACGCCAUGUGAUGCUGCUGGACAGGAUUUCAUGCUUCCUUUAACUCGGAGAGUUAUUGCUUUACCUGUUGAUUCGCCUGUCCGCCUCAAGGGAACUUUGGAGAUUGGAGGUAAAUCCAUGGCUGUAGACCAGUCUCUUGUUCUCAAAAGUGGUAGCACCCAGGUUAAGUGGUUGAUGCAUGCGUCUCUUGAUGCUACCAUAUGUAUCACAGCAACUUCUGCGUUCUAGUCCGCAGUGCCCAGCAGGUCAGGUUAAUGUUUCUUGUAUUUUUAAGCGUUCAUAGUUCUUCAUUACUGAAUCUGUUGAAUUCAAUUUCAAUGCCAACUAACCAAUAAUAGAUCUUGAUUGACCAAAUCUAGUCAUGUAACAAAAUGACCACGCUUAUUCCCGUGUGAAGUUCCGUUAGAUCUUAAUAUCUUAGCCGGUUUCCAUGCAGUCUGGUGUUCUUCUAUUCUGGUGGACAAUUGUCCUCAAGUCAGUAUAUUGUUUCUCUUGCAGUUUAAUUUUUAAUGGAGAAUUGUGCUAUUCUGCUUAAAUAUGUUCUCAACAUAUAUAUCAGCGGAUCAGUCUAACUCUAGCAUAUGUACUUGGUCAUUUGGCCAUUAGCCCAUUAUAUAGUUUGUGUGAUCCAAAGUAGAUAUUGCAAUUGUGUGCUCUCCGAUUUCUUCUCUUUUUGAUAUCAUAUAUCCUUAAUAAUUUGUUAUUCACAAGAAAAACUGCUUUCUGCACAGUUGCAGUUCUUUAUAGUUCAUAUCUUGCAUUAUCAUUAGAAGUACUUGAAGUUCUGUGGUGCAGAGGUUCUAAGAUUGAUUUCUAUUUUGGACCAAGGAUGUAUCAAUAUAUAACAUAAUAUAUGGCCAUGAGCUAGAAACCUGGUAUUUUUGUUUUCUUCUCCAUGAAGCCCUGAUAUAUCCAUGAUAACAAAUAAUAUUUCAGAUGAUCUGAUAAGCUAAGAUUGCAGGGAGUUAUUUAAACCACUGAUCAUGUAGCUUCUACUGAGAUCACAGAGCACGAAAAUUCAGAAUGCAUUAACAAUAUAACUUGAAAGGCAUGCCGUAACACAUUGACUCUUCAUAUGGAUGUGCUCUGUUGGUUUUUUUCCAAUAACACUGAGAUGGGUCAGCUUUGAGCUUUUGGCACAACUUCAACAAUGGUGAAACUUAUGUCUAUUGUUUGAAUCUUACAAUAUUUUGAGAUAAAUUUAGUGGCUUUGAUAAUACAAAUUGGUUUAACUGAUGACAUCGGUUGUUCUGCAGGUAUUAGCUGAGAUGCAGAAGCGACUUGACUACUGUAGGUUCUUCCAUGUUCUCAGUUUGGCGCAAAGCGUGCACCGGUGGACUUGUAGUUAGCAAUCGCUUAUUUUGUUAACUCACGCCUAUUAUGUACUCCCUCCGUCCCAUAAUAUAAGACCUUACAUUUUGGGACAAAGGGAGUAAUUUCUGUAACAAUUGGCCAGAAAAGCAUGCACAAAGAUGUACUCCCUCCGGUUCGAAAUACUCGUCGCGCUGGUCAAUUUGCAAAAACACCCACCCCUUUAUUCCGACA